AUGGCUGGCUUGGAAUCGGACCGCGAGAUUCUUGCUGCUUUGACAGAGGUCGAACAUCAUGAAAAAUUUGCUUACGACUUUACUUUAAAAGAGAAGGGUACGGUAUUAGGCGAAGAUGCCGAGGUCGAUCCUAUCCACGAGGGACUGGAGUUUCCAACCGAGGAAGAGCUCUUCGCUCUUCGCAGAGUGUCAGACGCCAUACCGUGGACUGCUUACAUGAUCGCCGUCGUAGAACUGGCUGAACGAUUUUCUGUGAAUUUCAUUCAACAACCACUUCCACCCAAUUCAACCACCGGGGCAGGUGGUUUGAAUGGUCAGUCUGGUGCCCUUGGGAGAGGUCAACAAAUGUCCACGGGUCUCACGACCUUUUAUCAGUUCUGGUCGUACGGAACGCCUAUAGCAGGUGCCUACAUCGCAGACACCUAUUGGGGUCGUUACAAGACCGUUUGCGUGUGCGUCGCAAUCGCCAUGCUCGGUCAUGUUAUCAUGAUUAUCUCGGCCAUACCUGGUAUCAUCGGAAGCGAUGCCUCUGUCGGACUCUUUACUCUUUCUUUGAUAGUCACUGGCAUUGGUGCGGGCGGGUUCAAGUCCAAUAUCUCCCCUCUAGUGGCAGAACAAUAUCGCCGAACAAAGAUGUUUAUCUCGGUAACAAAGAAAGGGGAACGGGUUAUCGUGGACCCCAGCUUGACAACGUCUAGAAUUUACAUGUACUUUUAUCUCUUCAUUAACAUCGGCGCGCUCAUCGGUCAGAUAAGUAUGGUAUACGCGGAAAAGUUCGUCGGGUACUGGCUAGCCUAUACACUUCCGACCGCUGUUUUCCUUCUCUCCCCUUUGGUUUUGUGGUAUGGACACGGCAAGUAUAGCACUUCACAACCAACGGGUUCAGUGCUCGCCACUGCAGUCCGUGUCUGGCGAUAUGCUAUGCGCGGACGAUGGAGCUGGAACCCUAUCAAGACCGUUCGCAACCUCACCGCCGAUGACUUCUGGGAGAGUGCCAAGCCAAGCAAGGUCAUCGGUGAGAAACCGGCAUGGAUGAGGUUUGAUGAUAACUGGGUGGAAGAAGUUCGUCGCGGGUUUAAAGCUUGCUCCGUGUUCCUUGUGGCUCCCGAUUUAUUCACGCACGGUCUACCUAACGACAUUCUUUCUAACCUGGAUCCUUUGGCUCUCAUCAUCUUUAUCCCGCUCUGCGACUUGGUCUUCUACCCUGCUCUCGUCCGAUGGAGGAUCAACUUCAAGCCCUUGCAAAAGAUCGCUUUUGGGUUCUAUACUGGUGCUACCGCCAUGGUAUGGGCGGCUGUCGUCCAGUACUGCAUUUACAAGACAAAUCCAUGCGGAUAUUAUGCCGGUACAUGUGUCGACAGCAACGGGAACCCAUUGGUAUCCCCUUUGAACGUGUGGAUUCAGAGCGGAUCGUAUAUCUUGGUUGCGAUUAGCGAGAUCCUUGCUUCGAUCACGGGUCUGGAGUAUGCGUUUACUAAGGCGCCGAGGAACAUGCGGUCGCUCGUCAUGUCCAUGCUCCUCUUUACGAAUGCUGUAGCAUCUGCCAUCGGCGAAGCCUUCGUUUCCCUCUCGACUGACCCGUUGCUCGUCUGGAACUACGGUUCCGUCGCUGUCAUAUGUGGCACAUCUGGCAUCAUGUUCUGGAUGCUCGUGAGGAAGUUGAAUUCCGAAGAAGACAGAUUGAACAAUAUGGCUGAAGGACGGUUUGACUGA